AUCUAGCUAUAUCGCAUGUAUUUAUUUUAACAUCAAUAUAUAAACCUCCUGUCAAUAAAUAUAAACAUAUAAAUAUAUAUUUAUCUACACGUGAACUCGUUUUAAGUAACGUAAAGAGCAAUUAUUGACCGGAGAAAAGCCACAGACGGACGGAUAGAAGGAGUGUUGUUAGGCUAAGCUAAGCUAGGCUAAGCUAGCGGUCAUGGCUAGUGCUGCGAAUACAAACAUGAACGCUGUCCGGGAAACGAUGGACGUUCUCUUGGAGAUCUCGAGACUCCUCAACACUGGACUCGACAUGGAGUCGUUGUCCAUCUGCGUGCGGCUAUGUGAGCAGGGCAUCAACCCAGAAGCUCUUUCCUCUGUUAUAAAAGAGCUACGCAAAGCCACAGACACACUCAAGGCCUCUGACAACAGCACAAGCCAAGGAUGAGGAGAAAUGUCACUAAGCUCGAUGUCUUUUAAUACAAAAAUUAAGAAGAAAUUUCAACAAUUCACCAAGAGACUGUACUAUUUAAUACAGCAUAUUUUUCCCUGUUUUUUUUCCCCUUCAUUCAGCCUUGUUUUUCUUUCUCUUUGUAAAAUGACCCUUUUGUCUGUGCACAAUCAACUUUGUGUGCUUUCAUAAAGCCAGUAUUUUAAGUCAACAGUUUUUUUGAGAUGUCCUCAGAUUUCAGCAGUGUUUGUGUUUUGUCCACUAGAUGGCGACAUUAUGCAGCUCUGAGUCAUCCUAUAGCUUCUAAGUCAUCCUAUAUGAUUAUAUCCAGGUCUGUGGUUGGACCUUAUUGUUCCAAAAAACGGAGUUGAUGUACAUGUUUAGUUUGUGUUUCUGUUACACGUUCUAGAAUGAAAUGUUUGCAAUAAACAACUCGCAUACAUA